CGGUAACAGUGCUGUAGACACCAACUGCCACAUUUGAGUCAACAACUUUUGGCCACUGCGUAUUAGAGACCAACGUUGCAACAAUGAGCGAGGACGAGUUCGUGGUGUUGCUGGAGCACGCUGGCAUUCUGGAGACGUCAGACGAGAACGACAUGGAGUUUAUGGAGGAGACAGUGUUGCGUGAGUGGCUAGAGCGCGACGGCGUUCAGCUCUUUACCACUCAAAUGACGGCAGCUAAGCGCGACCAGAGCGAUUCGGACCUCGUCGUGGACGGCAGUGCGUCCACGGCACCGACGGCUACUGCUACAGCCACGACGCUGGUGGGUGAGGCAAGGACAAGAAUGGCUGGUCAUAUACUGGCUAGACUGUUGGAGAGAGGCUGGAUUGCCCCAAUCGAGUUCGACUACGACGAGGACGAGACGGAGGAGUGGAAAACCAAGCUGUACACACCGCGGUUGCGGACAAAUGAAGCAUACCGAAUCUACAUUGAGAAGGACCCGACGACGGAGCAAGAUGGAACCGAGAUGCCCCCACCCAUUCCUGUGUCGGUGGCGGAUAACGACAUGAAGUCGCGAUUACGGGAGAAGAUGUGGCAGGACUGCUUUCCGACGUGCUCCGAGAGCGCGAAGCAAACGUUUUUAUCGUUCACGCGGCCAGAGAUCAUCCUGUACGCCACCCUAGGACUCAACCUUAUCAGCAACGGGAUCAGCAGUGUACCAGCGUUUUCACGCGAGCUCAAGAGCAUGGGUGUAACGAGUGCAGACGACCGCUCCAUUAUUGUCGGGUUUCUAGCCAAGGCUUUCCCCACUGAGUAGGGCGGAAGGUUCAACCAUUUUUGUAGCAAUCUGAUGUUUAUUUUUUGUCACAAAUGGUCCACCACCACGUUGUCUUGACAUAGGAACAUCAUACUAUAAAGAAGGAGAAGACGACCAUCUCACUGACUUACGCACAGUGUUCACGAGUAGUAGACACCAAGUGCGAAGCCGCUGGAGAAACCUGCGGACGACGGCAGGUUCGUCUUCAUGAUCUUGAGCAGUUUCCUGUACCAGAGCUUGACGUCCUCGCUGUCGAUCUUGCCAUCUCCGUUGGGGUCGACCUUGGCGAUCAUGUCCUUCUGCACCUUGCCCCACUUAAUGUCGAUGUAGCCGUUGUAGGCGGCCGCCUGCGCCAUGACGAAGACGAUACCCACCGCCACUGCUGCGGCCCUGCCCACCUGCUUGAGCGCGUAGCCUGAGCAGAAACCCAGACCGCCUGCCAGCGUGAGCUCUCCGCAGUUCGACAGCACCACAUCGAUGAUCUUCUCCACAGGGUCGUCCUUCUUCUUGGGGUCACCACUGCCCGAUGGCCCCUCCUGUAUUGCAAACGUGACAGCGGUUAGAUCAAUGACUCACCUCCAACAGUUUGCAAGCAUUCGUACCGCGGCUGCGAGCACCAUCGCGUCCUGGCACAGCACCGACUCCUUCAGCAAUAGCGAUACCGAAGCGCUCAGCACGGCGCCCGCCACCACUAGUUGCGGAUUGCGGGGAAGAGCACGCGCCGGCACUCGAAGUGCUAACACCUGGCUGCGGCUCUGCAACUUCUUUCCCACCGACAUGGCGCGCGUCCCGAGCUUAAGCGACUGCGGGCGGAUGAGAACUACAGCAGACAUGCAAUUAGAGCACACAUACUGAUGCUAAGCUAAGUUACAGGCGUACAGAGCUGCGAGCGCACGUGGAUCGACAUGGAGACAACGCAGGAAGAAGCAAAAGCUGAACGAUGAGACUUCUUUAGUGUUGACAACAACGUGGGGCCAAAAACAAGACCCUUCUUUUUACUGAAGUAUCUUUGCUGACAAGCUUGUAUCAGAUUAAACAGACAGAAACGAAU